ACUCAUUAGUUUAUCUUUUAUACACUCCUAAUCCCCUACAAUAUGUUCUUCACUCCACUCUACUUGAUCACUUCACUGCAUGCACUGAAACUGUGAAAGUACCAUAAUGCCCUCCACACUCCUCUUCCUUCUUUCUCUCUCCACUUUCCUCCUCCCCACCCUCUCUUCCACUUCCACUUCCAUCCUCCAUAACAUCUGCAAAUCCACCCAAUUCCCUCAAACAUGCCAUUCUUCCCUCCUCAACUCCAGCCCAAAUCCAAGCCCAAGCCCAAGCCCAAUCCCAAGCCCAACCCACUUCAUCAAAACCACCCUCUAUAUCUCCUCCCACCAAAUCCAAAAAGCCCAAUCCAUGGCCCACACCAUCCUCCACACCUUCCCAAACCACCACAACCGUUCCAUGGCUGCUCGCACGUGCCUCCACUACUUUUCUCUCUCCUCCUACCGUACACGAACUUCCAUUAAUGCCCUCAAAUCACGUGACACCCUCCUGGACGCACGUGCAUGGGCUAGCGCCUCGUUAACUUACCAAUACGACUGCUGGUCUGAGCUCUCAUACGUUAAUGGCACGCGCGUGGUCGACACUACCAUGAUGUUCUUGAGCUCAACUCUCAUGCAGACUACUAGCAACGCGCUUAGCAUGAUGCACGCGCUUGUUAACUAUGGGGAUGAUACGACGUCGUGGCGUACGCCUUUAACGGAGCGAAACGGGUUCUGGGAGAAUAUGAGACGGUCCGGUUCAGAUCUCCGGUUCGAACCGGGGAGAGUGAGGUUGAAGGAGAGUGUAAAUGUGACGGUUUGUAAAAAAGGAAAGGCGCGUGGGUGUUACGCGACAGUGCAGGAGGCGGUAAAUGAAGCACCAGCAUGGUUGAAGGCGAAGGCAAAGGGGGUGAAGGAGAGAUAUGUAAUUUACAUAAAGGAAGGAGUGUAUGAAGAGAUUGUGAGGGUGCCUUUAGAAAAGAGGAAUUUGGUGUUUUUGGGUGAUGGUAAGGGUAAAACAGUCAUUACAGGUUCUGUUAAUACAGGUAUUUUGGGGAUCACUACUUAUAAUACUGCAACUGUUGGGGUUAUAGGUGAUGGGUUCAUGGCUAGCGGCAUAACAUUCCAGAACACGGCAGGCCCAAACGCACACCAGGCAGUAGCCUUCCGAUCAGACAGCGACUUCUCAUUUGUCGAAAAUUGUGAGUUCUUAGGCAACCAAGACACUCUUUACGCACACUCCCUCCGCCAGCUCUAUAAAUCAUGCCAGAUAGAGGGCAAUGUAGACUUUAUCUUUGGCAAUGCAGCUGCCCUCUUUGAAGAUUGCACCAUCCUUGUCAAACCUCGCCAAGUGGACCCCAUCAAGGGCGAGAACAAUGCCAUCACAGCCCAGGGGAGGACAGACCCUGCUGAGGCUACGGGGUUUGUCUUCCUUGGGUGCCUCAUUAAUGGAACCAACGAGUACAUGAAGCUAUGGCAAGGUAAUCCUAAGGUCCAUAAGAACUACCUUGGGAGACCAUGGAAGAUGUACUCAAGGACAAUGUUCAUAGAGUGUACGAUGGAGGAUCUUAUUACGCCUGAGGGAUGGAUGCCUUUCCGAGAAGAUUUUGCAUUGUCUACUCUUUACUAUGGAGAGUUUGGAAAUAAGGGACCGGGAAGUGAUGUGUCUAAGCGAGUUAAAUGGAGUAGCAGGAUUCCUGAAGUGCACCUAAGUGCUUAUUCUGCUCAGAAUUUCAUACAAGCUGAGGAGUGGAAAUGAACUAGUAAUUAGUACUCCUAUGAAACAUGAUGUAUGACCAAGUGCUUGAUGAUGCUUAUGUAUCCAGUAUCUAUUACGCAUGCCAUGUACAAAUCAGUUCAUAUGGAAUCUAUUACAGUGAUUAUUAUUGAUUUGCUAA